AUGGUGCCUGCUAAGUGCGACUCAAACAGCCAACACAAAAACACUGGCAAAGCAACGGCAAGCACUGGCAGCGCCCCGUGGCUGGCAACUUUCUUUCCGGGGCUGCAUGAGCAAAGCGAUGCUGGCGGUGAAGGACGAAGGUGCAUUAGUGCCAGACUGACCGCCUCCCGAGCAAGUGUCGGGAAGGCUUGCCUGUCUCCGACACGCCGAUGGGCAGCAGCAGUAGGCAGGCAGCCAAGGGACGAUGAGGUGGCUGUUUUGCACGCAUCACGCGAUAAGCCCCCGAGCAAGACUUGCCAGGCCACCACACCACCACCAACACCACCACCUCAUCAUCCAUCAUCCAUCAUCCUUCUCGGUUCCUUUGGAUCUCUGAUGGUGAUCCAGGUCACCUGGCUCUCUCCUCUCUCUCCCUUCUCUCACGCCAUCCCCAAGGGCGGUGCUGAUGGCUGGAACACCCUAUCGUGGUUGUUCUGGGCGGGCGCGGUGUGUAUCGGUGGAACCUGGGAUAAGGAGCCAGUCAGGGAGGAGAAGAAGGUUGGAAACGGUUAUCUAGUACCAGGAUUUGGGAUGGAGGAUGUUGCACCAUUGGAGAUGAUAGUCUCAUCAUUAUGUAGAAUGGUAUCUAUCCUUAUCUCUAUGCUUGUGGUCUACUUAGUUACUACAGUAGUAUACAGACAUCUACAGAUACAGACACAGACACAAUCAUAA